UUUAUAAAGAGGGGACUGCUCCUUCUUCUGUGUGCUGUGUGAAUAAAACUCUCAUCUCUCUACGAGAGUUCAUUAUUGCAUCGAGAGCUCUCUCUGUCUUGGGACUUAGUAGGAUUGCCGAGCUGGUUUAUCGCUUCAUUUUCUGGUUUCUGAGGGAGAGCACUGUUCUAGGAGACCCUUCCUAACACAGACAAAGACAAUGGCAACAGGGCAGAUUUUUCUAGAAAGAUGCCAUUUGUGCUGUGCUUUGGGUUUCUGUUGAUAUGUCUGUCAACAAGUCUGUUCCCCUGUGACUCCAGAUCAGCUGGUAUAAUGUACAUACUUCAGGAUGGAGAAGCUCCAGAACCACCUACUGACAACAAGCAGAAACAUGACCGUGGCUACGUGGCUCGAAGCUGCAAAGAACUCAGAGACAAACAUAAAAUCAAUGAAGAUGGACUGUACUUUCUGACAACGGAGAAUGGGGCGGUCUACCAGGCCUACUGUGAUAUGACCACUGCUGGAGGUGGCUGGACGCUGGUGGCCAGUGUGCACGAGAACAACAUGUUUGGGAAAUGCACUGUAGGUGACCGCUGGUCUAGCCAGCAAGGUAAUGACCCCAACGUACCUAAUGGAGAUGGAAACUGGGCUAACACGGCCACAUUUGGAUCUGCAGAAGGUGCUACCAGUGACGACUACAAGAACCCUGGAUACUACGACAUUGUGGCUCAGGAUGUGUCUGUGUGGCAUGUUCCUAACAACGCUUUGGUACAACAGUGGACUGCUGCUUCUAUCUUACGCUACCACACUGAAAACCGGAUUCUUAGCCUCCAUGGAGGGAAUCUUUUCAACUUAUUCAAGGAAUUUCCAGUGACAUAUGGAGCAGGAGUUUGCCGUACUAAUAACGGACCUACCGCCCCAGUGGUGUACGACUUCGGCAAUGAAGGUUCUACCAAGAACUUUUAUGGUCCAAACGUAAGAGGAGAGUUUGAGGCUGGCUUCAUCGCUUUCAGAGUGUUUAACCAUGAGAAGGCAGCCAUGGCAAUCUGUUCUGGAGUCAGACCAACCGGCUGCAACACAGAACACUACUGUAUUGGUGGAGGAGGUCAUUUCCCAGAAGCUGCACCCAGACAUUGUGGAGAUUUCACUGGUUUUGACUGGGAUGGAUACGGGACAAAUGCAGGCGCGAGUGCGUCCCGAGAGAUUACUGAAGCUGCGGUGCUUCUUUUCUAUCGCUGAGUCCCAGAACACACCUCCAGCUUUCUCUUCUGCUUCUAUCAUGUAGUAAAUUUACAGAAUGGAAUACUCAGUUCUACCUGUAAAAGUAGGCAAUGCUAGCAGCUCAUUACACCUCUAAUUCCCCCCUGUGUUUGAACCAUUUUACAGUGUACUUUGUUUUGUGUUCAAUAACUGCAAUAAACAGAUGGGUGAGUUCACAUUUUAGCAAAUUAAAUUACAUUCCAAACCUUUUGAUUUUCCACAUAUGCCUUAUUGAGACUUAACUCUGAGACUUUCACCAUAAAAUAAAGUUCAAUUCACAACUGAACAUCAGUUUCAAUCAGGACCUCUGGAUUUUAAAUCUGUGACUGUCAUUAUUUGACUCUGCAACAUUAGUUUCCAAAUUGCAUUGCAUUCAAUUCUUCUUAACAACAAUAUGUUUAUUUAGACACAUCCCAUCUUGUUAUCUAUACUGAUCUAUAUAUUUUCCUGAAAAGGUGACUUUCCUUUUGACUUUUUGUGAUUCAUUCUGUAUUUCCUGUAAAUCAAAUGCUGUGCUCUCAUUUGCAUCAUCUGUAAGCCAAUAUAUUAGCAGAGUUAAAAGAAAAA